AUGACGACUCAAGGAGGUUUGCAGCCGACAAGCAAUGAAGCUAAUACGUGCACCAACGACAAUGGUAGCCAACUUGGUACACGGAUUGUGGACGAGAUUAUGGCCGGGAAGAACGUCUUCUUUGAUCUUCCUGACAAGUUGACUGGUGAGAUAUGGACCUUGAAAUUCCAUUGCAUUGGAGCACAACCUGGAAAAGAAAUUGUCACAGUAAAUAUUGAUAAAGCUUAUGUUGCCUUUUACAACGUGGUGUACAUAAAAUCGAAACUUGGAUAUUCUGGGAGGGACUUCUUGUUUUACAAGAAACGAUGUGGCAUUGAUCGAUCCAGGCUAUUGGCACUUGAUUACAUCCACCAAGAAGAGGCCAUGCUGUCUGAUAACAUGGAUGAGAGAAAAAUAAGUUUUGUGCUCACAAAAGAUCCACCCAGUGAUCUAGAGGUAAGCAUAACUCCCAUCAAGCGUCCAAGGCAGCGAACAAAUGUUGAUGAAGAAACUAUAGAAGUGUCGAUUGAUGCAUAUAAGGAGUGGCUUGCAAUACUACAACAUGAUAAUCCAGAAACGGAUUUAAUGGAUGACUUCAGGGAGGAUACGAUCAAAACAUAUAAAGAAUGGUUAAGGCAUCAAGGCGAUCUUCCAGAUAUCUUAUUGUAUGAACGACAAAGCAAUGAUGACCUAAUAUUAUCAGAUGAAGAAAUUCAUGGCAGCAGCAAACCUACUGCUAAUUGGCCAUCUCAUGCUAGACGUCAUAGGAAAAGAGAUCCUGAUAACGAUGGAGUCUUUAAAAAGGAGGGGCGUGGUACCCUUAAGGGUAUAGCAGCAGCCACCAAGCGAAUCAAGAACGGUGAUCACAAACUUAAGAUUGAAUUUUCAUCUAAGCUUGGAGGUCCUGUAGGACCAAACGCUCGCACUUUUGUGGAUGAAAUCGUAUUGUUUACAAAGAAAAAGGCACCACUCAUUGGAGUGAAAAAGUGGAAAGAUAUAGAGCUCAAUGUUAGAUCUUCUAUAGCCUCUGACGUACUGCGAAGGUGGGAGUUUCUAACCAAUGAGGACGCGCAUGAAAAGAUCUGGUCUAUUGCUAAGGAGAGAUACAAAGGAUGGCGAUCAACGUUAAGCUCAACAUACAAGGCAUACAAUAGCUAUGCUGAAAGGAUGAAAAACAAGCCUGAAGAUGUAGACAUCGUCGAGUGGCAUUACAUGAUGUUGUAUUUUGGAUCUGAGAAAUUCCAGAAAAUAAGCAGCCGGAACUCAGAAAACCGUCAGAAACAAAGAACGAAGCAUAUAAUGGGUUCUAGAACUUUUUCCCAAAUAAGCUUUCAACAGAGAGAUCCAGAAACUGGUAUAGAACCAACCGAUCUAUCCCUUUGGAUGACUACUCAUUGUAAAAAUGAUGAAUGGUCGGAAGAGGCUUCACGUGGCAUUUAUGAGAAGGCAGCUGAGAAAAUUGUUGAGAAAAUAUAUCAAACAGAAAGAUGUCAUCUAACAAGAGAAGAGGAAAAUGCUAUUUUCCAAACAACAUUCAAGGAAACAACAUGA